AACUUUUUCUUUUCUUCUCUUUCUCUCUUCUCUUUCCUCCUCUCUCGGCCAAAACCCUACCCCUUCUUCUUCUUUUUCUUUUUCUUCUUCCUCCUCCUCUUGCUGGCUACUGCUUCAUCCACCACCACACCACCGCCCCACGCCCUACUCACCACCACCUCUUGGCCACCGAACCACCACCACCCACCGCUCGUCCGACAAGCCGUCUCGCCGUUGAGCCCGACGAGCUGUUGCGCCAUCCGCGCCGCCCCUCGCCAUCAUGAGCCACCGCCGCUGUCCCCAAGCCACCGUCACCACCUCUUGCCGCCGCCGCCUGAGAUUAGCUUCCAGUCCGUACUGAAAUGUCGCUCUCCGCGGCGUUUGGCGAGUGGCUGGAACAGUUGGACCGGACCAGGAACCAGCGCCUCUCUCUCCUCCAGGCGAAGAAGAGAGAGCUGCAAGCCGCCAAAUCGCUGGUCCUGGAGUCGAAGCGCGCGGCCAUCAGGUCGAUGGAAGAGAGGUGCUUGAGGCUCGAGUGGAGCCUGGCUUCGCAAAGCUUGAAGAUCUCAGCUCUCGAAUCUAAGAUUGCCGCUCUCGAUGCCGAGUACGACAACAAUGUCCAGCGACUAAGGGAGUUGAAGUGCGAGGUGGAGGAGCUUGAGGAGGCGGAGAAGGAGAAGGACGGAUUCUACCGAGCGCAGACCGGCGAAAUGAAGGAUUUUAAGGAAGCUACUAACGGAUUCGUCGUGGAUUGCCAGAUUCGCAUAGAGGAAUUAAGAGACGAGCUAAAUGAGGUACUGAAAAUGGAGGGCCAACUAUUGAAUUAUUUUGGCUUCCGGAUAUUCGCGCCCACUACGAAAAUGAAAAAAAGAAAAAAAGAACCUGUUGGAACCUGGAACCGACCCCGGAACCUGUGACAGGGUAGGUUCCAGGUUCUUGGUUCUG